UCAGUGGUCACGUGACGGGAGUAGGUGGGGAGGGAAGCGCGAGGGGAGGAGUGGUACGGAAGCCGAGAAGGGACGCGCUGGAGCGGAGCCGAGGCGGUUGCGGCCACACGAGCAGCGGCAGCGAUGGCUGCGGACGGCGAGCGCUCCCCGCUGCUGCCGGCUGAGCCCGGGGAUGGGAACGGCGGCGUCGGGGGCCUGGUGGGGCCUGCCGGGCUGCCCUCGGGCAACGCCUCCUCCAACCCGCCGGGGAAGCCCAAUCCCCCUCAGGGAUUUCCUUCCUUUGGCGGCAUCAAUGAUGGGGGCCAAGCAGCCGUUCUGCCCGGAGAGGACCCUCCACCCUAUUCCCCAAUGGCUUCUCCAGAGAGCGGCAGCGCUCCCAUGAUCACCUGCCGGGUCUGCCAGAGCCCCAUCAACGUGGAGGGCAAAAUGCAUCAGCAUGUGGUGAAAUGUAGCGUCUGCAACGAGGCCACGCCAAUAAAAAAUGCCCCACCUGGUAAAAAGUACGUGAGGUGCCCCUGCAACUGCCUCUUAAUCUGCAAAGUGACGUCGCAGCGCAUUGCUUGUCCUCGGACCUACUGCAAAAGAGUCAUCAACCUGGGCCCAGUUCAUCCUGGUCCUCUGAGUCCUGAGCCCCAACCAGUUGGCGUGCGAGUCAACUGUGGCCACUGCAAAAACAAUUUCUUGUGGACAGAAUUCACAGACCGCACCUUAGCCCAAUGUCCCCACUGCCGGAAAGUCUCCUCCAUUGGGCGCCGUUACCCCCGGAAAAGAUGUUUUUGCUGCUUCCUGCUGGGUUUGUUAAUGGCUGUGACAGCAACAGGACUUGCGUUCGGCACGUGGAAGCAAGCCCAGAAGUACAGUGGGAUCUAUGCCUCCUGGGCUCUGGUGAUCCUCCUGGCUUUGGUGUGCCUGGGCCGAGCGAUGUACUGGGCCUGCAUGCGGGUCAGCCACCCCGUCCAGAACUUCUCCUGAGCGUCUGGGAGCUGCUUUCCAUUCCCAGCUGCUGCUGCUGCUGUUGCUGCUGCUCCUCCCAGCAUAUCAUCUGCCAGCCCCACUUGCCCCCUUUCUCUUCUACUUCUUCUCUCCAUUGUGGGGCUGGCAUCUUCCGUGCUCCUCCUCCCUGCUGUGCCAGCACCCCAUUUGGUCAUCACAGCUGCUGCUGCAACCUUCACCAGGGAACCAUUGGACCUGAAGAAGACGGCAAAAAUUGGGGGCUGCCAGCCAUUUUCCCUGAACCCCCCUAGGCAACAGAACCCUGCCUGGAGCAAUUUCAAGAGGAGUCAACUAUGGCUGGAUUUUUUGUGGGGGAAAUGAAGAAACCGGGGAUUUGUUGCUGAGCACCUGCUUCGGAUGUUGGAAUUGCAAGGGGCUGUGCCAGGACAGAGAGCUAGGUGGGUUGUUAGGAUAUUUUGGUCAAAACGGCCCAAUCCCAAGUGGAAACUAUGGAAACCCCAGCAGUAAAGAGCUCCUCAACCACUUGAAUUACACUACAGAGAUUCAGCAAAGGAGCACAUUGUAGAGUCAGCAAGCUGCCCUUUCCUGCUGCUGAAAUGUUUCUCGGCUGGGGCAAAAUGGUCAUGGAGUCGCUGCUGCAAAGACUCAUCCCUUGCCCUCUGCUCAUGCGCUUUUGACAUUUGCCAUCCUAUAAAGGAUGGCUAAUAUCCUGAGAGCCAAGGCACCUUGAACAGCAAAUGGCGAGUUGGAGCCUGAGAUGUGGGUGGCAAAUGAUUCUCCGCUGCUGGUUUUCCUCACCUUGUGGAAGAACUUCAAUUACUUUGACGGCCAGUAUUGGACGCCCUAGUUUUGGGUGCUCUGGAUCCUUCCCUUCCCAAAUCUCCUGUCAAUCGGUACCACCAAAAGCCAAUCCUUGAACCCGUUGUUCUGUGACCAGUCCCAACAUCCAAAGGCCUCAUGCCAAAAGAACCUUGGGAAUUUCACUGGAUCUUAACCUUGGGACAUUUGAGUUUUCCCUUUACUUCCAUCAACCUUUUUAACCCCCCUCCCUCUUUGCACAUUCCUUGGUGGUGGACCUUUUUUUCUUAACUUCUAAGAACCAAAACCAAGUGGGAAGGAGGGACCGCCAUCUUCUCCAUCAUGCCACUGAUUGUUGCCUCCUUUCAAAAGAGAGACCAUUCCCACCAUUGCACUGAGACCAUCGAACUGAACCCAUGUGGUGGGAUCGAAUUCUUUCCUUUCCUUGCGCAUCAGCUGGCUGUGGGCAUUCUGUCUGAUUUGAUACAGGACACUAUGCUUUGCGCGCUUUCCUACCAACAAUUCCAUUGUGGGCUUUGCUCUUCUGCUUAAUUUCCCACCUUCAUUUCUGUCUUUGAGCUGAAAAAGUCUUCCCCCCCUUCUCUCACCCCUCUUCCUUCACCUUUUCCUCCCUGUUCUCAUGAUGCCUCCGGGGUUUGAGUUGGCCCUCAGAGACAUUUACUUGAAGGUGAAUAAUAUCAACAGAAGUGGGGAAGGAAAGAGACCCCCAUCAGAGCCACUAAGAAACAUUCGUGUUAGGGAAGUGUUCCAGUCCAGUUUGUGUGCCUGUCCGCCUUGGUGUUUCUGUUAAGCCUCUUUCUAAUGACAUUCUCACAUAUCCUCCUGGCUUUUGAGCUUGCCGCCCCAAUCUCUUUGCUGUUGCAGCGUGUAUAUACAAAUGAUUAAUGUGUACAUAGAGCUAUUUAAAGAUCACUCCUCCAUG